AGUGUGGAUGGAGCAUCACAGCCGGGAUGGACAUCUCCGUUUUACCUAACAACAACCACCCGGAGAAGUUCCUCCAGCUGGACGUGGGGAUGCUGCCGGCCACGCACGGCAUGUUCCAGGUCGGGGCAAUUAUAUCCAGUCAGAGACACUGGCAGAACAGAGUCUACUCCCAGAGGGAUCGAAGGGUAAAGACUGCAAGCUGGUCUCCUCCGUCCCCAGAGGGCACUCCUGUGGUGUUUGAGGACAGAUACCUGGAGAGACACAUCACACCAGUCACUCUGAAGUCAAACAUUAAAAGAAACCCUCUGUUCAUGGACAUAAGAUCGAUGGAAGUAGUGGACAUCAAGAAGCCCACGCCUUCCUGGACUGUCAAGGAGUAUGACACGCAAACAAUCCACGGAAACCUUGCAGAUUAUUUAAAGAAAACUCCUAAAGAUCUGGACUUCUGGCUGGAGGAUCUCUACACACCAGGAUUUGACUCUUUACUGAAGAAGAAAGAAGCAGAACACAAAAGAAAAAAACUUUGUAAAAUUCUUUCUUUAAUCAUUUUGUGUGUUUGUGCAGUACUUAUUGUGAUUGUAGUGCCAAUUGUGGUUUUACAGAAGAAAAACUGAUUGACGAGGACAUUGCCAUUUUAUAGUGCAACUUUUAGGACCUCUUUGUAAGUGCUGGUAAUAUAUUGUCCUGUUCUCAGUCAUAAUGGAAAUGUUUUUGCUACCCAGCUGCCCACUGGGGACUGUAAAUAUCCACAGCAAAUUCUAUGGUAACCUGGCAAGCAGUUGCUGAAAUAUCUAGCUCUGUACCAACAUGUUGGAAGUACAGACCGAUGACCGGAGAAAAAAAGUUGCCGUUGAGGACUGCUUAGACUUUAAAGAAACAUUUCUUUCCACCGUGAAAUUUGACUCGUUAACACUGACCCCAACAUCAGUGAAUCCAGAGGCUGUAUUAAACAUGGACAUAGCAUCCAUAAUGUAACCAGUAGGUUUUUCUAAAGGGAUGCCCUAGAGCUUGGAUCUGGCUUUACUGCUUACUAGGCCAGAAAAUCUACAUUUUGAACAUAAGAGGAUGGAGCCUAGUUGGAAGGAUGGAAAAAGCAGCAACCACCAUGACUGCAAAAAAAAUCACAGUGCAGCAAAUAUGCUCCUGUAAAUCAUUUGAAAGAUGAUGUAACCACACAAGAGUUCCCAGUGGCUUCACACAGCAGCUUCACACCAACUGAAAGUCUAGUUUUUGCUGACCUCCAGUGGUUUAACUUCUCACCAUGCUGCAGUGAUGUAGUCUAGGGUGUGUCAGUACAUCGUGAUAUACAUAUAUACCCUUCAUACAUAGUACCCUUCAAGUAUAUUUCCCUGUUUCACCUAAUAUCAAUGUACUAGUAGUAUACUUGUAAGUGUACUAAUUCAAUACUUCUUUCUAGAUUUGAAGAAAAAUGUUCGAAAGAUAUAUUGUUAAAAUCAAAAUUAUGAACAUAUAUAGUCAAAUCAAGCACAAUUAUGGCACUGAAUCUUAUGUUCUAACAAACUUAUCAAGGAGUCAAAGGUCUUUAGUUGCACAGUUAAGAACAGGUAUCCUUACUAUGGCCUCUCCUCCUGGUUAGGAGAAGUUGAAAAUGAAUCACAUUUUCUUUUGUAUUGUAUGAUGAGUUACAAGUUUCUAUUAUAAAUGAAAUGUCUGUUCAAAAUCCCGAAAUGUUUUGGUGCUCGGAUGAUGACGAAAUGGAGUGGCUAUUUAAUUGAAACGCUUAUAUUGUUGGCUACUCAUAUUUGUUGCACUCUAUAAGAACAUGCUUGA